CGGAGCUUUGCUGCGUGCGUGAUUUUGCUCCCGACCAAGAUGAAGAAGAUCAUAGCUUCGCUGCUGCUACUGCUCUUUUCGACGAUCCCAGUUCACGCUGUGACCACAUUCCAGACGAGGAAUAACUGCGACUUCACUCUCAACGUCCAGAUGCAUAUGGAAGGAGACCACACGGCGCUGAGGAACGUCUUCACGCUCGAGGCUGGAGGCACCGGACAGGUCCCUGUUGAAUCCACCGCAGCUCUCUCGGGAAGUUUCUACAUUACCAACCUUCUUCCAUCCAGUAUAGCCGAGUUCCAGCUCAAUUCCGGCCACUCCGGAGACACCGACUUUUAUGGUAUCGGGUUCUCUCGCGGGAGCGUCCCCCUCGCCAUCUCCCCGACCGCUGCCGGGUGUAAGUCUAUCCAGUGUCGCAACCACUACUGCCAUCCGAAAAUGGUUCCCUGUCCAAGCGGUGGCGAUUACAUUAUCACGUUUUGUCCAUAAGAGAGGA